CGCAACAUCAAACAUUCAAACAUGUGAGUCUGAUGAGAGGUGGAGGCUGAGAAUUCAGUAAUGAUAAGGUUAGAAGCUUAGAAAAAAUGGAGCCUAAAACUGAAGUCUGACUUCUGAGAGUACCUUCACAACUCACAAGUACUAUUUAGUACCUUUCUCCAACAUAUUUAGUUGUGCCGAACACCGAAAAAUCUCAGGAAAUUCCUAUGGAGUUAUUUGAAGUAGGACCAUGUAAGAGCUCAUAUGAAAUGGGGUAUCUAAUUGGGGAAAGAUUCUCAUCUUUGAUAAACAGCAGAUUAGCAACAGACCUUAUUCUCCAAACUCAGCUCCGACCUUUCGCCAAAACCCACCUCGCUAAACCUCUCAUCGAUGCUCUUACUGACAACAACCGGAAUAAGUUCCCGCAUUAUUGGGAUGAGCUCAUUGGGAUUGCGGAAGGAAGUGGUGUGCCUGUUCUCGAUAUUAUACUGAUCAACUUCAGGAAAGAGAUGUUAGCAUUUAUGCCAAAGAAUGAAGCUGUAAGCAUACCUGAAGAUACAGUUGAUGACUGCUCUGACGUUCUGGUAGUAAGUCACGACAUGGCUAUUGCAGUGCACAAUGAAGAUGCAAAUGUCGCUUUAGUUGGUCACACGUACUUGAUCCGAGCAAAUUUAGGCAAUGGACAUUCCUUCACAGCAUAUACAUAUGCCGGGGAGCUUCCGAGCUGUGCAUUUGGCUACAACAGUCAUGGACUGGCAUUCACAUUAAACUCAGUACCGCCUAGCGAAGAUGAGAUUGUAGCAGGAGGCAUUGGGAGAAACUUUAUAUCAAGAGAUCUGCUUGAAGCAAUCAACAUUGACGAUGCACUCAAGAAAAUUCAGUCAUCAGAAAUGUCUGUUGGACAUAGCUAUAACCUGAUUGAUAUACCGACACGCAAGAUUCUGAAUAUAGAAACAGCAUCAAAGAAUCGAUUCUCAGUCUAUGAGGUCAAUGCAACUCCAUUUUUCCAUGCUAAUAUGUAUCUUCACCUUCAAGUUCCACAGAUACAAGAUGAAAAUUCAAGAAGCAGACAAGAAAGAGCAGCUUCACUGCUGAAAGAAUCAAAAGACGAUUUCCUUUCACUUGUUGGAGACACAGAUGACAAAAGAUAUCCCAUUUACAUGACAGGGCCAACAUUGUAUACGUUGUGCACAGCUGUAUUUGAUCUUGAUGGACCAACACUAUCUAUCAUUGAAGGGAACCCAAAAGAAGGAAAGGUGACUCAUUCAUUCCAUCUGCACUAGAAGGUCGGAUAUAUUCAACAAA